AGGAAUUCUGAUCCUGCUCCAUAGUCUUAUGGACCAAUAUAUGAAAAAAAAAACAAUCUGAAGAACCGGUUAGGGUUACCACUGUAAAAAGAAAAGACUAGUUGCCAUGAGUAAAAUCAGAACCGACAACAUUAUUUGAUUGUUGGCAGCUUGAGUUGACAAUAACAAUGCAGUUGGUGAACCUGACACCGCGAUCAGCUGUUGCCGGCCAGUGUUGAUGGUGGAAACUUAGCGUGAUCAGGUUAACCUUCAAUCCGAGUUGCUUUGGCUGUGCAAAGUUCGCUUUUGGUCCUGAAACGCUAGAGAUAUGGCAUCGCCUUUAGUUAUCCCCACGCGCUUGGCACAGUGUGUGCGGGGAUUUGUUGCUGGUUAUCCGGCACGCUGCAUCUCUACUGCGUCUACAAUGAAUAUGUGCAGCAAAGAUGGUUUCCGCAAGGAGCAGGACAGCUUCGGAGAACUGGAUGUGCCAAACAACAAGUAUUAUGGAGCUCAGACUGUGCGCUCCACCCUCAACUUCCCCAUUGGAGGACCUGAUGAAAGAAUGCCAAGGCCUGUGAUAAAAGCAUUUGGAGUGCUGAAGAAAGCUGCUGCUGAAGUCAACAAGGAGUUUGGCUUGGACCCAAAGAUUGCAGAUGCAAUUUCCCAGGCUGCUGAUGAGGUCAUCAGUGGCAAACUCUACGAUGAAGGACAUUUUCCACUCGUCAUUUGGCAGACAGGCUCAGGCACCCAGUCAAACAUGAACACCAAUGAAGUCAUUGCUAACCGUGCCAUUGAGAUCUUGGGGGGCGUCCUGGGAUCCAAGUCUCCUGUGCACCCAAACGACCAUGUCAACAAGAGCCAGAGUUCUAACGACACGUACCCCACCGCGAUGCACAUCGCUGUGGCCGUUGAGAUCCACCAGACGCUCCUCCCUGGCCUCAGGAAACUCCGCGCCGCCCUCGACGACAAAGCACAAGAGUUCAAAGACAUCAUCAAAAUUGGCAGAACUCACACUCAGGACGCCACACCGCUGACCCUGGGGCAGGAGUUCAGCGGGUACGUGCAGCAGUUGGACUUUGGCAUGGCGCGGGUGGAGGCCUGCCUGCCCCGCGUGUACCUGCUGGCGGCGGGGGGCACCGCCGUGGGCACGGGGCUCAACACCAGGGUUGGCUUUGCCGAGAAGAUCGCAGCUAAGGUGUCGGAGCUGACGGGCUUACCCUUCAAGACGGCGCCCAAUAAGUUCGAGGCGCUCGCUGCCCAUGACGCCAUGGUCGAGGUUGCUGGUGCCCUCAACGUCGUCGCCUGCAGCGUCAUGAAGAUAGCCAACGACUUGCGGUUCCUGGCCUCGGGCCCGCGCUGUGGUCUGGGCGAGCUCAGCUUACCGGAGAACGAGCCUGGCAGCUCCAUCAUGCCUGGUAAACUACAGCAGCCUUAUGCUAGCUUUAUGGCCUUUGUUGAUAAGAGGAUGACUUAUGCCAUCAUGCCUGCCAUGAAAGACGUGUCCCUCAUGCUGGUCACUGCCCUCAACCCUCACAUCGGCUAUGAUAAGGCGGCAACAAUCGCCAAGACCGCCCACAAGGAAGGCACCACGCUCAAGGCGGCAGCUCUGAAGCUCGGUUACCUCACCGAGGAGGAGUUUGACCGCUGGGUCAGACCUGAAGACAUGCUCGGGCCCAAGUAAUGUUCCCGCUAUGAACUUGAGAGACCAACUGAAGGCUUGUGCUACAUAUCUGGCA